AUGUUGACAACACCAGAUACGCCUUUGGACUGUCUAAAAAUACCAGAUAGUCAGAAAUUGCUUUCGCCGAAACCACGUCGUACUAUUUCAUUUACGGAACAAUCUGGUCAAGUUGAUGAACGUAUUGCAUCAAAUUUAAGUCUUUCAUCUUCAAAACCUAGUAUUCUUAAAAAACCAAAUUCAACUGUAUCUUCACAAUUAAAUGUUUAUUAUACACUGAUGGAAAAUGAUAAUAAAGAAAAGAUAUCAUUUCAUUCAUCACCAACAUCAAUAGAGGAUAAUCUACACAAAACUACUCAUAAAGAUCAAGAGCAUCUUUUCCAAAAUCUAUUAUCGAAUAAAUCAAAGGAACCAGGUUGGUCGUUUCUAUUUUCACAUGCACAUCGAAGAAGCAAUGAUGAAAAUUCAGAUGCUUACAAAAUCUUCAGUAUACUCUAUGGUUUGGUUAUCUUUAUUGGUGGUGUGGCCUUUUCAAUAUCUCAUGCUAUUAUACCAACAGAAGAAGCUGAAAAUAUUAAACAUCUAGCAGAAGUUUAUUUUACAUAUCUAUAUUGGGUAUCCAUAUUUUGGAUCAUAUUUUGUAUGUUUGAUAUCGUUCAUCAUCGACGGAAAUUGGCUAUAAAUGCAUCAACAAUAGAUAAAUUAGAUAUGCAUCUUAUACCAAAACCUCCUACGGAUUUACGUAUAGCUCGAACUAAAAAGAUGUCAACAAUGUCUGACGAAGAAAUGCCUAAAGCACCAUAUUUUAAUUUACAAUUAUUUGAUGAUUCUGAUGAGUUUCAAUCUGAAAGUCAUGAUGAUACAAAUCAUAAUCAACGACGCCCGACAAACUCAAUUACGCCAGUACAUGACGAUGAUGAUGAUGAUGAUAAUGAUGGGGUACAUGGAGCGUUGAGCUUUACUCGUCAUAAAUCACAAUCAUUAGAUAAUUUAUCAACAAGAUCCUCAGUUUCCAUGAGAAAACAUACUGAUACAACGCGAGAUGUUUUAAGUCGACGUCUUGCAUUAGAUCCAGGUGCUGUACACCAUUUAAGAAACUACGUACGUCAUAGAAAAGAUAGUAUUGUACAACGUGUUAUUGGUUAUAAUUACGAUGAUCAUUCAACAGCUGGUGGUCUUUAUAUUCGUGUAGGAAUAGGAAUUUUUUGUUUGGGUACAGUCAUACACUCAGGUUUAUCUAUAUUAAGUAAUCUUGAAAAUCUUCCAUGCGCUAGAUGGACAGCUGUUAUGGAUGAUUUUUCAAGAUUAUUAUUUAGUUUCAUUCAAUUCUUCUUUAUUUUUAAACAUUCAAAUUUAAUUAUUCGAGCGCAUGAAAGUCUUGCUAGAUUAGCUGUUAUGCAUAUCGUUGUUACUAAUUUAUGUGUGUGGUUUCGAAUGGUUGUAAUUGAAACAAAAUCACAAAUAGUUGAAAUGGCUGCACAUGAAGGGGGAGGGGGACAUAUUGCAAGUGGUACUCAUCCUAUCAACAUCAGUCACGUUCUAAUCAAUCCUUUAAAUCAUGCACCUUCAAAUCCAUCGAGUUGUAUACAAUCUGUCGAAGAUGCUCUACAAAUGACUGCUUUUAUUAAUGAAGGUUAUAUGAGACUUAAACCUCUAUUAUAUCCAUGUACAAUUGAAUUUAGUCUGAUGUGUCUAACUCUUUUCUUUUUAAUAUGGGAAAAUAUUGGUAAAACAUUUGCUUAUAAAAUGUCUGAUAAAGCAGGAACAAAAAAUGUUUUUAUGGUUAAUUGUCAUGCAUCUAUUAAAGGUUUAUUUGCUGGUAUGAUUAUAUUUUCAUGUACAGUCAUAUCGAUUAUUCUCUAUGCUGUUUUUCGAAAUAAAAUCGGAGAAGAUUUACAUGCAUCAUCAUUAGCAAAUUAUCAUGAAAAUUUUCCUGUUAAUAGAAUUCAUUCACGUGCAAUAACACAUACUGCAACAUCGUCUUAUUAUCGUCAUUUAGUAACUACUUCAUCAACUACUAUUGCUACUACUUUAGCAUAUGGUCCAUUUCGAUCAAUAUCAAAAACUCCGAAGAAAAUUUUAUAUAGUAUUGCUAUUGUUGAAAUCGUAAAUUUUUGUUUAUUAAGUGCUUCAUUAUUGGCAACAACAUGGGCAUUAAUAAAAAUUCGAAAAUUACAAUAUAAAAGAAUAACUACACGUUUUGAUGAUGUAUUAAUUGUUGUAUCACUAACAGGAACUUAUUUAUAUUCUAUAUUUAGUGCUUUUGCUUUACUUAAUAAUAAAAAUCAAUCAACAUGGAUUGCUUAUCUUAAAAUAGUGAUUGUUGUAUUAGAAUUUGUUGAAGCUACUGUUCAUGCAUUUUUUAUUCUUGUUGCAUUACGUAAACGUCUGAAUCGAACAAGUAGACAUCAAUAUCCAGCACGUGAAAUAAUUACAUUACUCAUUAUGAUUGAUCUUAGUUUAUGGUUUGAAGAAACAACAACAACAACAAAACAUGAGGCUAAUCCAUUUCAAUUAGCUUUUUAUCAUAUUAUUCCAUGGUCUAUUAUAGCAGCUAUCGCAACACCUCUUCAGAUUUUUUUUCGUUUUCAUGCAUCAGUAUGUUUGUCACAUGUAUGGGAGAAUAUGUACAUUUUACCAGCGUAUGAAAAAGUUGCUCCUCAUGGUUUAUAA